GGGCUCAGCUGCCUGCUCAGGACAUCCUCCUGCACUUCCUCAGUGCUGCAGCUGCAGCAGCAAGUUUUGGGGGCUGAGAAUGGGGGAAAGGGAAGGGGGGUCAGCUACUGCUCAUGCUGACCUCUUAGACCGGUGGGCUCAGCCAAGGGUACACCAGCUCAGUGGAAGCCCUGGGUAUGCGGGCUACAGCCAGCUAGCUCCUAAGCAAACCAGUGAGGAGGCCCCCCCCACCACACUGACCCACAGGAAAACAGUCCCCCCUCCACCGUGGGCAGUGGCGGGAGUUGGCAGGGCCCCACUGAGCAGGGUCAGUGACAGGACUCACAAUGGUCUUUCUCCACACCCCUGGCAGCUGAAAUCCACCUCAGAGAUGCCCAACAGCUGUGCCCUCUGCCCAGCCUCAGAGCCUGGUUCUGAGGGUACAGCUGCCCAGACUAUGUGGGGGGCUGAGUGAGGCCCUGCUCCAUGAGUUCAGGCGCCAGCCCAGAGUGGGAAUUUGAGCAGGGGGCAGUGGGGCAGGGAGCCCAGAGCCCAGGGGGCACUAAGCAUUUCUGGCCAUGCUCCCCCGUAGCCAUGACCUAUUUGGAUGAGAAGGCACUCUUAGUGAUUCUACUCUAAAUAAUCCAUAGGCUUCUAUAGAAGGGAAAAUUGAGGCUCAGUCAAAGGGAAGAGUAACUGGAUCAAAGAACAAGGUAUUGUUCCUUUAUCAGGUAAUGGUUAAGAGCAGGGUUUUUGUUUGGCUGGUUGUUUUUGUUUUUUGUUUUGUUUUCUUUUUUUUUUGGAGCUGGAGUGCCUGGUGUUGAAUCCCAGCUCUGCCACUUGCUGGUUGUAUAACCUUGGGCAAUCUAUUGAACCUUGCGAUAUCUAUAAAUUGGGGAUAAUAAUACCUGUCUCAUUCAGCUUUUUGAGGAUCAGAGGAGUUAGAAUAUAUAAAAAGCUUUUAAAAGUGCCUGGUGCAUAACAAGCACUGUAUAUGUAGGCAGUUACAGUGAGGAAGCCUGUAGGUCCGAGGUCCCCUGGAUUUCUUGGAGAAGCCAGGUGGAGAAUUGGUUCUCCCAUAGAAAUAGGAUGGGGGAUGGGGAGGAUAGUGGGUCCCUAAUCUCCAGCCUCCUUACCCUUCAUGUCACAUCUGUCUCGCCUACAAGUUUUUGCAACCUGGAGCCCCUCUACCUCUUGCACACAGAGUGCAGCACCCUACCUCGCUGCAGGGGAUCCAGCAUUCCAGCUACUACCUACCAUUAAUCAAUCACUCAGGACCUAGCCCUGGCUGAUAGAUACCACAUUCCCCAUCCCUGCACUGAGAGGGCAUUAGCGUGAAGGGUGGUAGUCCUGAGUAAGGAACAGUGGGUGGGUGUGACAUCUUGAGGGUCAGGGUCUUGUCCUAGGUUGCCUGUCUUCCUCUGUGAGUCUGGUGAUAAGACUCCCUCUCUCCCCCAGAUCCCUUUUCUUCAGCCCCUCCCCUUUAAGAUGCAGCAAGGACAGUGGAAGGAUGCCCCGUGGUGGGCCACUGGAGAGCCUCUGGGCUGGGAGGCUAAUCCCAACUCCAGUUCUCACGGUUGCAAAGGUGCUUGGGGGAUUGGUGCCUCCUAGGGAGGAGGGAAGCAUGACUGUGGCAGAAAGAGCACUGGCUGGGAGUUGGAGGCUGGGUCUUUGCCAUUCACCAGUUGCUGACUUUGGCCUGGGUUUUCGUCAUCUGGAGACAAUGAUGCCUACCUCACUCCGAGUGAGGGUAAAUAACAUAAUGUGGCCUGACACCUGCGUUCAAUCCGUGUUGCAUGCUGGCUGGGUAAGCAACGCCUGUGGAUUCUCCUGUUCUUCCCAGACCUGGCACACACCAGGAUGCGGAUCCCCAUGCCCCCUGGAACCAGAGACAGUUCCCAGUCUCUGAGAGAAGCAUCUGGGGCUAGUGGGGGGGGUGGGCAGUGAGGGGGGUCACAUGGUUUUCAGACAUGCGUUGUUACCUGCCCUCCUCCCCAGCAGGCCAAGGUUGUGGUAACAAAGGGGACCUCCCUCUUGUAUGCUUUUGUAUGAGGUGGUCCAGAGGGAAGGUUUAGAAGUUCUCUGGGUAGAGGAGAAGAGCAAGGUGGAACUUGUUGGUGCCCAGGAAAUGCGAUGGUUGCUCUAGUGCUUUAAGGAUGAGCACUUAGUCUGGGGACAGGGACUGGGGUUAAGGGUUAGGGCCAAAGGCACAGCCACACCCCCAGCAGUGGCAAAGAGCAGCACAAGCCCACCUCCCCUUCUUCCUCCUCUCUUCCUCUUGUAAGGAAGAGAUGAGUUCUUGGCUCCCAGAGCCUGAGCUGCCUGUUUCAUUUUCUCUUUUACCCAGGCGCGUAGGCGGGGGAAGGGGAAAGCGGACCCGAGGCUAUCGGCUAUUGGUGGCUAUCGGCGUUUUUGUACACAUCAGGACUUCUGGACAAGACUCCAAAGCUACUCCCCCAGCCCGAGACCCCUCCUCAGACCCAGCUUGUCCUCAGCCCUACCACCUGCCACUCCCUGGCCCCUCUCACCGCCCGCCCCCCUUGGGGCGCAGGGCAUGGUGUGAAAGGCCAAGUGUUGAGGGGGGCACCAUGGGUGCUGUGCCCUAGGGCCUGGGUGGCAGGGGGUGGGCGGCCUGUGGGUGUGCCGGGGGGGGCCAUCGUGCCCACCCCAGUCUCUUGGCGUGCUGGAGGGCAUCCUGGAUGGAAUUGAAGUGAAUGGAACAGAAGCCAAGCAAGGUGGAGUGUGGGUCAGACCCAGAGGAGAACAGUGCCAGGUCACCAGAUGGAAAGCGAAAAAGAAAGAACGGCCAAUGUUCCCUGAAAACCAGCAUGUCAGGGUAUAUCCCUAGUUACCUGGACAAAGACGAGCAGUGUGUCGUGUGUGGGGACAAGGCAACCGGUUAUCACUAUCGCUGCAUCACUUGUGAGGGCUGCAAGGGCUUCUUUCGCCGCACAAUCCAGAAGAACCUCCAUCCCACCUACUCCUGCAAAUAUGACAGCUGCUGUGUCAUUGACAAGAUCACCCGCAACCAGUGCCAGCUGUGUCGCUUCAAGAAGUGCAUCGCCGUGGGCAUGGCCAUGGACUUGGUUCUAGAUGACUCAAAGCGGGUGGCCAAGCGCAAGCUGAUCGAGCAGAACCGGGAGCGGCGACGAAAGGAAGAGAUGAUCCGAUCACUGCAGCAGCGACCGGAGCCCACUCCCGAAGAGUGGGACCUGAUCCAUGUUGCCACAGAGGCCCAUCGCAGCACGAAUGCCCAGGGCAGCCAUUGGAAGCAGAGACGGAAAUUCCUGCCGGAUGACAUCGGCCAGUCACCCAUCGUCUCCAUGCCGGAUGGAGACAAGGUGGACCUAGAGGCCUUCAGUGAGUUUACCAAGAUCAUCACCCCGGCCAUCACCCGUGUGGUGGACUUUGCCAAAAAACUGCCCAUGUUCUCCGAGCUGCCUUGCGAAGACCAGAUCAUCCUCCUGAAGGGGUGCUGCAUGGAGAUCAUGUCCCUGCGGGCGGCUGUCCGCUAUGACCCCGAAAGCGACACCCUGACGCUGAGUGGGGAGAUGGCCGUCAAGCGGGAGCAGCUCAAGAAUGGUGGCCUGGGCGUAGUCUCCGACGCCAUCUUUGAACUGGGCAAGUCACUCUCUGCCUUUAACCUGGAUGAUACGGAAGUGGCUCUGCUGCAGGCUGUGCUGCUAAUGUCAACAGACCGCUCGGGCCUGCUGUGUGUGGACAAGAUUGAGAAGAGUCAGGAGGCGUACCUGCUGGCGUUCGAGCACUACGUGAACCACCGCAAACACAACAUUCCGCACUUCUGGCCCAAGCUGCUGAUGAAGGUGACUGACCUCCGCAUGAUCGGGGCCUGCCACGCCAGCCGCUUCCUCCACAUGAAAGUCGAGUGCCCCACCGAACUGUUCCCCCCACUCUUCCUCGAGGUCUUUGAGGAUCAGGAAGUCUAAAGCCUCAGGCGGCCAGAGGGUGUGCGGAGCUGGUGGGGAGGAGCCUGGAGAGAAGGGGCAGAGCUGGGGGGCUGAGGGAGGCCCCCCACCCCUCUUCUCUCCUUCCUCUCAUCCUUGGAUAGAUUCAGCUCCCACACACACACCCCGCACUGCCCGUCCCUCCUCAGAACCUCCAGCCCUGGGACAGGGCAAACACAUGAACUUGCUAUGAAAAAGACAGUGUGGGAGGCUGGGGGACCGUGUCCUGCAGUUCCCAGGACCCCAUCCUCUAAGAAGGUAGGGGAAGGGAGGGAGAUCUAAGAGGGGACAAGCCAUCUUGACCGUAGGGGAUGGAAGAAUAUGGGGUGGGGGAAGAUGCCCUCAACUCAGCCCCUACACACACACAAGAGAGAGCCCCCCCCUGCACAGUUCCUUGACAGAGGUUCCCCCUCCAGGCUAAGGGCCUCUCUGCUUCCCCAGAAGCCUGGGUGCAAAGAAAGGCUUGGCUUGGCUCCUCCCCCUGGAGGUUAAAAAUUAGUCAUUCUAACUGCACUUUGGAAACCAGGCAAGGGGAGAAGAUAAAUGAAGAAAAACUAGACAGAGAGAAAAAGAAAAAAAGAGUGAGCGAUUGAUAGAGAUAGAGAGAGAGAGAUGAUAUUAAGUUAUUAACCGAGGCUGGCCCCCUACCACCCCUAAGCACUUUGAGAGCUGCCCCUCCUCCCCGCAAAUCAGAGAGAACUGCCCCACAUACCAGGUCCCCAAGGGCAGGGCUGCCGAUCAGAGCUGUGAGUUAACACAACAGGGUCCUGGCCAUCCCUCCUUGCCUUCCCCCUCCCCCUGUGCCCCUUCGGCACCCCCCGCCCAGUGCUCCCUCUGCUCUCUGCCACUCGUGCCCGCUGAGUUCCAUCUACCUCUCACGCUGGAUGCCAGCUGGCCCCUCACCAGCCUGCCCUGCUGCCCACACAGCUCCCCUUUCAAGUGCCCAGCCCCAGGGGCCUCUCCCUGCCCACCCCCCACUCCUUCCACACCUUGGCACCCACACAGGAAAGACUGUGGCUCAAGCUCCUGCCCUCCUCACACCUGCAGUAUUAGCUACAAUCCAGAUGCUGCUGCACUGGGGGGGAGUUAGGGGGGUGUGUGUGAGUUUCUCCCAGAGCCUCUACCCCCUUAGGACCGUGUCCCCAUCUGUCUUCUGGGCUCUCUCUAACCUCUGCCCUCUUCCUUCCCCACUCCCACUCAAUGCACUAACCCAGACUCUGGGCAGGCAGGCACCAGAAUGGGGGUGCCUAGAUAAAUGGCACUUAGUUGGGGCCCCAGGGGAGGGGGCGGUUGGUGCUCCUCCUUUUUUCUUUGAAGCUCUUUAGGCCAGCCACCCCUCUGCCCCUGGGACCCCCUCCCCUCUUCUUUUCUCUAAUUCAGGGACUUUGGCUUGAGCCACCUCCCACCCUCCUGGUGAGGAGUGCUCUGUUGGUCUGCACUUGGGUGAGCUGCCCUCCUCCUCUUCCUUUUGGCUAUCGCCCACUGCCCACUCCACAGGGGAGAGAGGGAGGGAGGAGGUAGCCCUCCCAUGGGUGGGGGGGGAGGGGGGAGGGACAGAACAGACCAGAGGGCCCUGGGCUCAGGGCUGCAUGUCGGCAGGGAUGGAUGGGUGGACAUAGAUGCCCCCGGAAGCCAUGGGGAAUGGGGCGGGGGCAGGGGGAGGGGUGCCAGGGCUUCCUGCGCUUUGCACUAUUGGGGCAAAAAUGUCUUAAGCAGUGGGGAACCUGCCACCCCACCCUGACCCUCAGCCUGCCACAGCCCCCUACAUACACACACACACACACACACACACACACACACACACACGGGAAGGCAAUGCUAUGCUGCCCAUCAGGGCAUGUCCUUCCCCCACUGUCCAGGUGUUCUGACAGGGGUGGAGGGCCUGGAAGAGCAUCUGCUGUCACCUGUGCAUGUGCCUGCCCUGCCCCCCUUGGGCUCGUGGGCUGCCCCUGCUGUCUUUGUCUGUCUCUAUCCUCUCUCUCUCCUGGGGUACGGAUUCCUAUAUUACCCCAGUCCCAUGGGUAAGCCCUUUUGUACCCUCCUCUGGGGGUAUACCACCCCUGGGGGCCCAGUGGAAUUCCUGACCUGUCUGCUGUCUCCUCCUUCCCUCCCUCCCUCCCUGCAUCCUCACCUCCACCCCUCCAUCCCCAUUCUCAGCCAUGAACAUGGUAGAGAAAAGGCCUUAAAGGGGCUUGGCCUCUUACAGGCACUUGGGAAUCCCCCCUCACCUCCCCAAUCAUAUGAGCUGUGAUCCCCUACUCCUCCCCCCCCAUCUCUGACCCCUCCCCCCUCACUCUAGGUGAUGUGAGGUGUAUGUGUGCGUUUCUCUGCGUGAAUGUGUGAGCAAGUACAUGUGGUGGGGCAGGAGCCAGGGGACUCAGGAGCACCACGCACCUGCUCUAGAGAGGCAGCUGUCCCAGCCCCUGCUUUGGAAGUGGGGGACAGGGCCCUCUCCUGGGGGCCAUUGGUGCUAAUGAGGGGGAUGGCCUUGACGUGGGUGCUUAGUAUGCCUCCCCCAGUAUUGGCCCGGGGCACUAGGGCAGGCGGGGUGGGGCAGCAGGUGCAGUAUUGGUGGGCGCGGGGGAGUGGUCAUGGCUCUGGCACCCCCUUGUCCUGGCCUGGCCCAUUCCCA